AUGCAUAUGAAGUAUCUCUACCUUUGGGGCUUCUUCGCCGUUCCAGGCCUGGCAGAUGACAUCAACUUCUCUGCCGCUGCCCAGUCCAUAUCUGCUGCGCUGGCCGAUCCCACGUUUGUGCCUUAUACAAAGCCUGACCAGAGAAUUGAAGAGUUCAUCGCCCUCGGUGAUUCGUAUACCGCUGCCUAUCCCAUGCAAAUGUCUCAGGACGAGGACAAUUGGGAUUUUGUCAACAACGGGGAUGAGACUCUUCCUCGUUUCAGCUUCCACGCCUAUACUGGCGACACAUCACAAGAGCUGGUUGUCAAGCAAUUGCAGCAGGGUGCUUAUGAAGAUAAGCCGGAUCGACCACGCGGCCAGCCAUUCGGCAAACCGCAGCUUGCUGUGUUGACUAUUGGAGGCAAUGACGCAGGGCUAUCAAAAAUCUUGAACGACUGCAUUUACAGAGCGUGGUUUCCAGAAGACUGCCAGACCACGCUCAAUACCCUCCAGCAGGAUAUUGACAACGGAAAUCUUCGUGAUAAAGUCAACUACGCGAUGUAUCAAGUAGCACAUGCAGGGCGGGAGGCCGGCGGCGCGAGCCCGCGGGAAAGCUUCCAAGUGUUUGUUCUCGAGUAUCUCACCUUCUUCGACGACGCCCUGGAUCCCAUAUGCAACGAUUAUACCUGGGCAUAUUUUCCAUCAUGGAUGACCGACCAGCCACCCCUCACCCAGGAGCUCCGUCAAAAGCUUAAUGAUAUGACCCGCAAGGUUAACGCGGUCAUCAAAGCGGCAGCUCAAGAUCUUCAGAGAAUGGGCGUCAUAUAUGUGGAAGGUCUCCAAGAUGCUUACAACGGCCACCGCUUCUGCGAACCCGGGGCCACCAAAGAGCAGACGGAAUACACUGUGUGGUUCUGGUCGCAAUACAGCCAUUUUGACACGCCCUCUGAAGGCCCCGGCGACCCCAAUGCGGCUGCGGUGACGGGUUACGUUGACCCCGCCCAGGAACUGCUGGAUUUUGUCUUCCCCGGCCAGAACAAGUCUAUCCCUACAACACAGACCGUCGACACCUCGCCGCCGUGGGAAUGGGAUGGCGCUGAAAAGUACGCUGACUUCGACUCGCUGCUGAGCGCUAUUAGCGCCGCCGCUGAGGAUGACGUCGAGGCCACCAUAAGACCACCAUUCCCGGUACUCCGUUCGUUCCAUCCUAAGGGCACGGCAUAUGCAGAGCACGCUACGGCGCUGUUUGCCGCCAUAGCGGAUAACAGAGCAGCGAUUGCAACUGGCGGCGAAGGGCAGCAGAUCGCUAUUGCGUCGUAUAUUAACCCCCUAGGAGACCCGUCUUCGUGGGAACGAAUCCUCGCAUACGACACCAAGAAGGUCAGCGUACUGGUUGCUAAUGUUUUGAACGGUCCAGAUUAUGUGGUCGAUACAGCCUGGAAAUCGGUGAUUGAUCAAGCUGCCAGUCAAGGCAAAAAGAUUCUUGGCUAUGUUCGGACUGGCUACCUUGGCGUAAGUCAACAGCAAUUUACAACUCGACUAGGCUCGCAUGACCUCGCAGACUGGGCUUCGCAAAUUGAACAAGAUGUUGACAAGUGGUUCGAGCUAUAUGGCACCAGUCUUGGCGGUAUCUUUUUUGAUGAAGGCUGGCCGGAAUGCGGUCCCAACAACAUUUACGCAGAUCUAUACGCAUACAUCAAUAAUUAUACGAAGCGGAAACACCCCGGCGUAUAUACAGUCCUCAAUCCGGGCUCACCAAUCGCUCAAUGCUUUGAAGACACUAUGGAUACGCUGUUGACAUUCGAGAGCAGCUAUGAGACUUAUAUAAACUCGUUUGUAUCUAAUGAUUGGACGCCAAAGGAUCCGCGAAAGAUAUGGCACAUCAUCUACAAGGUACCACAGAAUCAGAUUGCAAGUGUUGCCGCCCUUGCGUCGAGCCGCAAUGCAGGGUUGCUAGAAAUUACCAAUGAUGAUCAACCCAAUCCCUACGAUAAUCUGCCCGACGAGGCUUACAUGCAAGCAGUCAUCGGGGCCGUACCGGGUGGUACGCUUCUCAUUGAUGGUCCGGUUAAAGUUACCAACUCCUACGUUGCUGGUCUGCCGAGUGAUGUGGUUGUCUCUUCUACCGACUAUAGCGCUGUCACCCUCAUUUGGUCAUCAGUUGCGGAUGCUCUUGGCUAUGCGGUGUACAAAGACGGUGUACAGGUCCUAGAACUGCCACCUUCAUUGACCCAAGCUACCGUUGGCAUGCUCGAGCCAGGAACAUCUGGUAUUAUCUUCGAGGUACGGUCGAUCUUAUCGUCAAACAGUAUAGGUAGCCAGCGGACGAUCACAGCGAGCACGAAAAGCCUCCCGGAAGAGGGUACUAUCGCCAAUGUGCGCUUUGAACAGAAUGGUGAUACCGUGACCUACAAAGCCGAUAUUUUGGUCCCAUACGCAUUUGUGCGACUUUUCAUCGGCAUCAAACAGCCCAGUUAUGGCGGAGUCCAUGGGUGGCCAAUUCAGGUGCCAGGCGUGGACGCUCAAGGUGUCGCGUGGCAUGAGGUUGUCAACUACCUUGUUGAAGGGAACGACUUUUACUCCGGCCUUUACAAAUACAGUGGCGCUUGGGACGAUACUAGCAAAGCCAAUGCGGAUUGGACCUGGACCUCUAUCGGAGAAGCGACUCAGUCUCAGGAUGGUUACACGUAUACUUGGAGCGUCCCGCUCGCUGGUACUGACGCUGUAGCCAGUGAGGGCCUCCCCCAGGAGACUCGAUCUUGA